GUGGAGGCCGCCUGAGGCCCGGGCGCGGAGGCGCGGAGGAGCGGAGGGCCGCGGGCCAGCGCGUCCCGUGAGGCGCCCGGAAGGGAAGAAGCGUCUCCCUCCCUGCGGGCCUUGGCGACUCUAGAAGGAUCUGCUGACCCAGCAGUGUGGUCAGCCUGUCACUUAGCGCCCUCCAAUCGGGGCUCAAGAGAAAAGAAAGCAAACCAAUCCUGGGAAAAGAAUUACCAGACAAAGAAUGUCAGGAGACACAGAAAAGAAGAAUGAAGUCAUUCCUACAAAAGCUAUGGUCAAAGAAGACAAGUCUUCAUUAACCGAGGCUGUAGAGCAAGUCACAAAACAACAACAGUCACAAACAUCGGAAAUAGAAAAACAUAAAAAAAUUCUGUACCAUUUGCAGAUUGAACUUCAUGAUCUUGAAAAACAAAUAGCGACUAUUGCUGAAGAAGCCAAAGAAACAGACAGGCAAAUGCAUCAGCAAGAUGCUGCCAUGGAGAAUUCUAAACUUCAGUGUGGACUCUUAGAAGCUCAAAUUGGAUCCUUGUAUUCAGAAAGUUUAAAACUUAAAUUUGAUACAGAAACAGCCCAAGAAAAAUUUGAGGAACAAAUGAUAAAAUAUAAUGCAUAUUAUGUAAAAAUAAAAGCUUAUAAAGAUAAUUUAGGAGAGAUAAAAAGCCAGUGUUCAUUUAUGACUGAACUCUAUGAAAAACGAGAGCUCAUCAAAAACCUAAAGACAAUGAAAGAGGCUCUUAUGGAAAAUCUCCAAGAUUCACAAGGGAACUACACAAUACAAAUAAAGGAAGACAUUUCAGAGCUAAAGAAUAAAAUUAUGACAAUAAAAGAGUCAAUCAUUGAGAAAACAUCUUUUCUUGAAGAAGAGAAAAAGACACAUGAAAAAUUAAGAAAAGAAAUAGAGGUACAACAUAAGAGAUAUGAUGCGAUUCUUAAGCGUUUGCAUUGUCAGGUGAACAAGAUUCAGGUAAAUCGGAGGAAAUGGCAGUGGAACAUCCAACAACUGGAAAAAACUGCAGCCGAGUUAAAAAAGAAGAUCGGAGAGAAGGAAGCCAGUGAAAUACAGAACAGGCCAGCAGCAUUGUGGGAGAGAAUACUGUGAUGAUCUUCUGGACUCUUAACAGCCAGCACAGUAUCAGAGGCCUGUCUCAAUGACAGAUACUUUCUUUUUCUUUUCCUCUUCCUUCUUUUCCUGUUUUGAAUCAGGUAUCUAUUGGUUAAAGUGCCUUCCUGUCUAUAGUGCAUAGCACAAGGUAGACAAUAGCAGUGUUUACAGGAAGCUGGCAGAAGACUAUAUGUGCAUAUUUUAAAUGUAUACCCCUGAAUGCCUGUUUAUAACAAUGUUGAAUUCACUAUUAUACAAAUUAAAAAUUUAGAAGAAACAAUUGAAUUUUCAAUGCCUUAAGUUGUUGAGAUAAAGAAUAGUUGUGUGUUCAAGAAUUUUUUACAACUGUCUUCAAAGUAGCCCUUGAAUAUUAAUAUUCAUGAUAAUGCCAUUAUCUGUUUCAUGCAACAACUGUUUUAUUGUUUCCUCUUUUCUCCAGAAGGUAGCAAUCCUUUUCCUGUUAUUAAAUAACAUAUAUUAGAGUGUUACAGUACAUAAGAUUUGUGUUUACUCUUCAGUCUAUAAAUUCUUUAUUCCUAUAUUGUGACUAAAAUAAAAUUAUAGCAUCAUAUGAGACAGGCAUAUAAUAAAGCUCUUCAAAGUGGUACUUCACAUUGAAAGGCAAUUUUUUUGUCAAUGGCAAUAAAUUGAAUGUAAAAAC